UCCCGGUCGGACCCCUCAGGACUCUAAUGCACACACACACACACACACACACACACACACACGCACACACACUCACACACACUCGCUAUAUUGGGUUACACUGUAGCAAAAUGGCGACUGUCAUUCAGAAUCCCCUGAAAGCCCUGGGGGACCAAUUCUAUCAGGAGGCUAUUGAGCACUGCCGAAGUUACAAUGCUCGUCUUUGUGCCGAACGCAGUGUUCGCCUGCCUUUCCUCGACUCACAGACCGGUGUGGCACAGAACAACUGCUACAUCUGGAUGGAGAGGCGCCACCGGGGGCCAGGUGAACAGCAUUGGGUCCACUUAGGGGUGGGACGGGGUUUGACCUCUGGACAGAUGUACACUUACCCUGCGCGGUGCUGGAGAAAAAAGAGGAGACUGCAGCCAGCUGGAGACCCUCAGCUCCAUCUGUGUGAGUUUAAAUUGGAGGCAGACCUGUUGGAAAGAAAAGAUGGAUCAGCAAGUGAGGGAACAGCCCUGGAGGCUUUGCUGCGCAGUGAUGGCUUGGAGAAAAAAAACAUUUCUAAAGAUGAAGAAAGUCUUCUAGAGAUACAGAAAGUUCUAGAAUCUGAAGAAAAUGGGGAAGGUUACCAUGAUGAUGAAGAUUUUGAACUUGAAACACCAAAACGCAAAUACAGGGGAAGGGGACGAGGGCGCGGCUCAGGGAGGAGAAGAGCAGAUGCAUCAACGAUGGAUGACCAGGAGAAACCCUACGUGUGUGAAAUCUGUGGAAAACGGUAUAAGAACCGCCCUGGUCUCAGCUAUCACUAUGCUCAUUCUCACCUAGAGGAGGAAGAAGAAGAACCAGAAGAAGAGUGGGUCUCAGAGCCAGCUAAUUCCCCUCACCUGGCUGAUUCUGACAACCAUAAAUCUCACAAGGGACCUCAUGGGGACCAUUGUUUCCAACAACUGCUGUAAGUUCUGCUUGCGAGACUGUGCCUCAGACAGGAAGAUGGGUCAUGCAGAUAGACUUGGUUGCCGUGCCCUGACUGUGGGCGUUCCGCUGAACAUGGCCAAGGUGGGGAGGAGAGGAAGAUGGGUGCCUUUGGUGCCGAGGACUUGUUUGGUGCCUCAUCAGAGAGUGACACAUCAACUUUUCAUGGAUUUGACGAUGACGAUUUUGACGAACCACUGUCGAAUGGCAGCAUGGAGUCUUCCAGGUGCAGAUAGAACUUCUAAAAACACAGAAGUCCACUGCUACUUUGAUUUUUUUCCUUUUUUUUUUUUAUGAAAAGCACAAAAAAUGAUACUGGAAAAAUGUUAUGAUUUUUGACUUUUUUAUGGACAUCUCCUUGAAAAUAAAGUGUUUUUUUGUUUACCAAAUUAUACAAAACAUAAAGUGCUGAGAAAUAUAACUCUUUUUUCAAAUGUCUUAAUAGAGAAGAAAUUGUAUUGCAUAUUUUUGCAUCAAAUAAAAAGAAAAAGAUCAAACCAGAAUGGCAGAUUUGCUCAGCAUUACCGUUCGGUGUCCCAUUUGAACAGUGAAAGAGUGGGAGAAGAAAGUAUUGCCGGACAUGCUGCUGUUUCCUUCAUUAAUUGGAAGAAAAGAAACCAGAAUAUAACUGUAGUUGUGAACAUGUGAUGCACAGUGCCGACAUCCAGGAGAAUGGUGAAAUAAUGAAGAAUG